UUGGUUGAUUGAUUGUUAAUUCAUUUUUUUGCUUUCGUUUCUUCAAUUGUAACCUCGAUCUGUUUUCUUAUUGUUUUUUGUUUAAAUUAAUUCUAAUUGUAUUGCCAUUUACUCAAAAUGAUGCGAGUUAAUGUAAUGAAAACUAUCGCUUCCCUGAGGCCAUCAAGAUUUGUCUCAAAUUAUGGGAAACUCAAGCUAGCCAAAGAACCGGCGGAGCAAAUUCAUGCGAGACAUUUUUGGACUUAUUGGUUAAAUUUAGUUUCAAACAAGGUUUAUCAAGAGCGUCUUGAAGAAGCUGGACCUGAACAAGCUUGUGCCGAAUGGUUAAUUAGAAAUGGUUGCGAAAUUAAAUGGACUAGUAGGGAUAAAUUACAAACUGAUUACAAUGACAUGCCAGAUAUGGAUGAAUCUACAUGGAUUCAAGGGAUUAAAGCAGACAAUUCAUCGAUCAUGGAUAUUGGUUUUGAGCAUUUAAAAUUUAUUAAAGGCCCUGAGAAGAUAAUAUUCCGCCGGUGUCAUUACCUUUCUGAUGACGCUUUAGAGAAAUUAGAUUGUAUUGGACAUUCGCUGCGUCAUUUACAGUUAAUUUCCUGUCACAAUGUCACCGAUGAAGGUGUUUGCUCUUUGACUCGAUUAAGGAAAUUAAAAUUUAUCAAACUGUUUGAUUUAUCGUCCGUCAAAGAUAUUGAUAGCUGCCGUCAACACUUACAAGAUGGUUUACCUGAGUGUGUAGUCGAUUGGGUUAAAUUGUGAUCAAUUUGCUUAAUUAUCAAAGAAAACAAAAAGGAGACAAAACUAUCAUUAAAUUAUGAUCACAAUCUUUUUAACUAAUCAUCUAAAUUUCUCAUCGAUUGUUACUACUACAUCACUGCCCUUUGUAAUUAACCUCUGUAAACACUAUGCGUUCAAAUUAUGGAAAUUAAUCAUUAAAUAAUUACUACAAUUAGUUAA